AGCACCACGAACAGCACCGCCGGAAGGAUGAACGGGCUCGCCAUCGGUCAGAACACCAUCCCGAUGAAGGACCACGACGCCAUCAAGCUCUUCAUCGGCCAGAUCCCCCGGAACCUGGAGGAGAAGGACCUGAAGCCCCUGUUUGAGGAAUUCGGAAAGAUAUACGAACUCACUGUGCUGAAGGACAGAUUCACGGGAAUGCAUAAAGGAUGUGCCUUUCUAACUUACUGCGCCCGAGAGUCCGCCCUGAAGGCCCAGAGCGCCCUCCAUGAACAGAAGACUCUGCCCGGGAUGAACCGACCCAUCCAAGUAAAGCCGGCCGACAGCGAAGGGCGAGGAGAAGACAGGAAGCUGUUUGUCGGCAUGCUUGGCAAGCAGCAGAGCGAGGACGACGUCCGCCGGCUGUUCGAGACCUUUGGCCAGAUUGAGGAGUGCACCGUCCUGCGAGGGCCCGACGGGGCCAGUAAGGGCUGCGCCUUCGUGAAGUUCUCCAGCCACUCUGAAGCGCAGGCGGCCAUCAACAGCCUUCACGGGGGCCAGACGAUGCCCGGGGCGUCGUCCAGCCUGGUGGUCAAAUUCGCCGACACCGAUAAGGAGAGGACCCUGCGCAGGAUGCACCAGAUGGCGGGCCAGCUCGGCAUCUUCAGUCCCAUGACCAUCCAGUUCGGGGCCUACGGCGCCUACUCUCACGCUAUGAUGCAACAGCAAGCGGCCCUGAUGGCGGCAACGCAAGGGUCCUACCUGAACCCCAUGGCGGCCAUCGCCGCCGCGCAGAUGCAGCAAAUGGCAGCGUUCAAUGUCAACGGCCUGGUGGCCACUCCCAUGACACCGUCCUCAGGCACCAGCACCCCCCCGUGCACGGCCGUGUCCAGCAUAGCCCCCAUCGGGGUCAACGGGUUCGGCGGCCUCCCUCCUCAGAGCAACGGGCAGCCCACCUCCGAGGCCAUCUACACCAACGGGAUCCACCCGUACCCAGCACAGAGUCCGACAGUGACCGACCCUCUCCAGCAGGCAUACGCCGGCGUGCAACACUACGCAGCAGCCUACCCAGCCGCCUAUGCGCCAAUCAGCCAGGCGUUCCCCCAGCAACCAACCAUCAUCCCCCAGCAACAGAGGGAAGGGCCAGAAGGUUGCAACCUGUUUAUUUACCACCUGCCCCAGGAGUUCGGGGACGCGGAGCUCAUGCAAAUGUUCCUGCCGUUCGGCAACGUCAUCUCCGCCAAAGUCUUCGUGGACCGAGCGACCAAUCAGAGCAAGUGUUUCGGCUUUGUGAGUUUUGAUAACCCGUCCAGUGCUCAGGCCGCAAUCCAGGCCAUGAACGGCUUUCAGAUAGGCAUGAAGAGGCUGAAGGUGCAGCUAAAGCGGCCAAAGGAUGCCAACCGACCUUACUGACCCGUCUGCUGUCCAUACCCAGGAUGAAGGGCCACAACACCUUAUUUCCACAAGUGCAGUAAAAGUACAAAGACUUCUUGCUCUGCUACAUAUCAUGAAGGAAGGGUGGCCCCUUGAUCCGGCUGGAGACCCGCUGAAAGAGGCUGGGGGACCGAGAGAGGGAUCCCAGAGUUGUUGUUUUGUUUACCUUCUUUUUUUCUUCUUUUUUCUCGUCUUUCUUCGCAAAUGACUUUUUUUCCCCUGUUUUGCUUUUUGGCGUCUGUGGAAGAAAAGAAAAAAAGAUAUUUUGCAGAGACCAACUUUUUUGCUGCUGUUUUUUAGACAUGAUGGGAGGAAGAAGAAGAAGAAGAAAAAAACAACCUUUAUAGACUCAUUAUGCUCAAAGCAUGCAUAUUGACACAAGAUAUAGAUAAACACACAAGGAACACACACACACACACGUUUAAAGAUGCUACACUUAAAAAAAAAAAAUGACAAAAAAAAGAAAAAAACUUUGUACAUGUAUAAAUACGUGCAAAUGCCAACUCAAGUACUGACAUGCACACACACACACACACACACACACACACAAACACACAAACACACACACCAGCCUGCUGCCAUUUUGGUUUUUGUGCCUACACAGGUGUUGUGCUCUGUGACAGGGCAAGCUCUGGAUCAAAGAAGAAACGAGGAGAAGAAGAAGAAGAAAAACAGAUGAAGAAGAAAAGAAGAAGAAAAGAGGAAGAAGAGGAGGAGAAUCCAGGAUAAUUUACAUGCAUCAUUCCUUAGGAAAUAGGGACCAAAGGACUAAACGCUUUUUAAAAGAAUAUAAAUAUAUAAAUAUAUAAAUAUAUAUUUAAAAAACUCAUACCUUGUAGCUGCAAGUAUUACAAUUUACUCGUAGUAAAAAAAAAGAAGAAA